AAGCUAGCGAGCGCGCUAGCCUGUGUUGUUCUCCCGUUUGAAAUUAAUCUCGCUUUAUUCUGGCCACAAUGUCCGGAGGAACAAACCUCGGCGGUCCGGGGACAAGCCACACCAGCUCCGGGGCCAACGCGCAUCGGAAGAAAGACAGCAGCCCGUCCGCCCGGUUCUGGGAGAGCCCGGACACUUUAGCCCAGCUGGAGGUGGUGCGGCUGUGGGUCGGGAAGCACUACAAAAAGUAUGUGUUGGUGGAUGCUCCAUCAUGCCAGGCCCUGGCAGCAGUUACUUUACAGUUGCUCCAGUUCCAGGAGGAUGCCUUUGGCCGACAAGCUACCAAUCCUGCUCUCACCAAGCUGCAUGCACACUGCUUCCUGGACUUGCGACCAGGGGGAGGACUCUGCCACAUCCUGGGAGCUGCUUACAAAUUCAAAGCAGAGCAAGGCUGGCGAAGGUUUGAUUUACAGAAUCCGUCAAGAACAGAGAGGAAUGUGGAGAUGUUUAGUUCAAUUAAAGGGGCGCUUAUCCAGCACAACUGUAUGUCACUGCCUGUGGUAUAUCUGGACGCCACAGUUGAUCAAGAGUUGGCAAGCAGACUGACCAAUAUCAUCACAAAGCGCCAGGGAACUCUCACUGAGGACCGAACGCUCGCCAGUCACAACAUCUACCCCUUACCUGCCUCCACAGAGGAAGAUGAAUGGAUGCGACCUGUAAUGCAGAAAGACAAGCAUAUCUUGGUACAUUGGGGCAUGCACCCUGACAGUUAUGACAGCUGGCUGUCCGCAAGUGAUGUUCAGGGAGCGGUUGAAGAUGCACCACAUCCAGAGAGACCAUGGAGGGUUCAUGCUGGUUGGGCUGUGGACACAGAUGUUUUCAACGAGUGGAUGAAUGAAGAAGACUAUUGUGUGGAUGAAAGGAAUGUACCAAUAAUCCUUCGCCGGCGUAUUCACCUCCAUGAUGAGCAGGACUCAAAGUCCACCCCAUCCAAAAAGAGAAGGCGAUCCACCUCCCCUCCCUCCUCUGAAGGCAGGAAGAAAGGAAAGAAGGGGAGGAGGCGUGGGCCACAGGAGGUAGAGCCAGAAGAGGACCUGACCAAAGACAUGGAGGACCCUACACCUGUUCCUAACAUGGAGGAGGUCAUAAUACCCAAGAAUGUCAACCUAAAGAAAGACAGUGAGAACACUCCUGUAAAAGGUGGCACCAUGGCGGAUCUGGAUGAACAAGAGGAUGAUUUUCCAGGAAGGGAGGAAGAAGAGGGACGAGGAGAGGUGGCGCGGUUAUCAGAUGGAGAAGAAAAUAUCCCAGAACAAACCCAUCACAUAAUAGUACCAAGCUACACAUCUUGGUUCAAUAACAACAGAAUUCACUUAAUAGAGAAACGGGCUCUCCCUGAAUUCUUUAACGGAAAGAACAAGUCCAAAUCUCCGGAAAUUUACUUGGCGUACCGCAACUUCAUGAUCGACACGUACCGGAUCAACCCCCAGGAAUAUCUCAGUUCAACGUCCUGUAGACGCAACCUCACUGGAGACGUCUGUGCUGUCAUGAGGGUUCAUGCGUUUUUGGAGCAGUGGGGUUUGAUUAACUACCAAGUGGAUGCAGAGAGCAGACCACUCCCCAUGGGACCCCCUCCCACGCCUCAUUUCAACGUACUGGCUGACACACCGUCCGGGCUGGCCCCCCUACAGCACAAGCCCCUGCAGGUGACGGCCUCGCAGCAUAUGUUGUUUUUCCCAGAAAAGAGCAAAGAGAAGCCGUUGGACUGUCAGAGCUUUGGUCUGCGCAGCGACAUCUACACCAAGAAACACCCUAAGACCAAAGGAACGAUUUCAGGAAGGGAAUGGACAGAGCAAGAGACACUCUUGCUAUUAGAGGCCUUGGAGGUUUACAGAGAUGACUGGAACAAAGUAUCCGAGCAUGUGGGAUCCAGAACGCAGGACGAGUGUAUACUCCACUUUCUCCGUCUGCCAAUAGAAGACCCUUAUCUAGAAGACUCCUCAGUCUCUCUGGGUCCAAUGGCGUUCCAACCCGUGCCUUUCAGCCAAUCGGAGAACCCUGUCAUGAGCACUGUGGCCUUCCUGGCAUCUGUGGUGGACCCGCGGGUGGCCUCGUCUGCAGCUAAGGCGGCACUGGAGGAGUUCUCCAGAGCGCAGGAGGACUCAGCGGAUAAGAUCUUUGAAAUAUCCAAUCAGUCUGAAAAAACAGAAUUAAUGGAUGCAGAUAAAAUGGAGUCAAACUCCACUUGCCACCAGGUUGCUGGAAGGACGGAUGGGAAUGUGGAGCUCACUGUGGCAAUAGUGGAGGGAAACGAAGUCAAAAGGGAAAAUGCAGAAAAUAUACUUGCAGAGGAGACAGAUGGAAGGGGAGAUGACGACGAGAGUGUAGGGCGGCGAGAGGUAGACGGGGACGAGGGGAGGAGAGUGAUGGAGCUGGAGCUGGUGGAGGGCACCGUUGCCACGGCAGCAGCAGCUGCUCUGGCCUCGGCUGCCACAAAGGCAAAGCACUUGGCAGCAGUGGAAGAGCGGAAGAUCAAGUCCCUAGUGGCGCUCCUGGUGGAGACUCAGAUGAAGAAGCUGGAGAUCAAGCUGAGACACUUUGAGGAGCUGGAGACCAUCAUGGACCGAGAGAAAGAGGCUCUUGAGCAGCAGCGGCAGCAGCUCCUAGCAGAGAGACAGACUUUCCACACGGAGCAGCUCAAACAGGCGGAGAUGAAGGUCCGCCAGCAGAGGGAGCAGCAGGGGCAGCCGGGAUUAACAGUGCAGAAUUCAGGCCAGGCCGUGCCCAACAGGAUGAUGCCCACUGGAGGCAAUCCCCAGCCCAUGGCCCCCCGACACCCCGGAGCUCCCAAUGGCAUGUACCCAUCCUCACAGCCUGAUGGGAUCACACCAGCUCAGCCCGGGCCUCCAGCUUCCACGCACAGCUGAAAGAACAAGCAAACAAGACACACACACGACCAUCCGUCCUCCUUCAAUCAGGACUCACAAACACACACAUAAAAAUGUAACACUGGCAUAAACGUUCAGCAUCAACUGCUUAAAAGUGAGGUCUGUAAAUGCUCAGCGGUCACACGUUUAUAAAUAUUGAAAUAUUUGUGCCCUGAUGUCAGAGUUGAGAAAUCUGCAUAAUGAACUCAACUCAAUAAAGUUGUUUUAUAUGA